AUGAAGUCUCUCCUGCCUCUGCUAGUGACGCUCGUACUCUUCAAGCAUCAUGGUGUAGCUCUACAGGUCACCCCAGGGUCGGCAUGUGCCGCGCUCUGUCUAGACGACCCAGAAGGAGAUGCUCUCGAUCCGAAAUCAUCGAACACAACGCCCGACGACAUAGUGUGUACCGAUGAAGACUACGAGACUUCGGGUGCUGGGAUCAAAUACAAGAACUGUAUCGACUGCCUACAAAAGAGCAACGCCACGAGUGGGACCGAGAGUGAUACCUCGUGGUUUCUCUACAAUGUCCGAUAUUCGGUUGAUGUCUGCGUAUACGGCUUCCCGAAUGCCACGAAGGGGGUCUCUUCACCCUGUGACAUCAACUACGCUUGUCAACCGCUGAAGACAGCCCUCGAGUCUGGAAGUCUAAGCUCCACUGGCGAUCAAUACGAGUACUGUUCGGCGGACGGUGGCAGCUUCCUUGGGUCCCAGACCGAGGCUUGCCUCCAGUGCUUCGCGUCAAGCACGAACCAGGCGUACCUCUCUAAUUUCAUAACGGCACUGAAGGCAGGAUGUCAGCAGAAGCCGGCAGCGGGUACCCUGCUGGGUCUCAGUGGUUCUCUCUUUACUGACUCUCAAGUAAACAUCACGGCUCCUCCAGUGCAAGAGACCGAAGACACGAAAGGCGGCUCAACCGGCAUGACUACAGGGGCCAUCGUGGGCAUCGCAGUUGGUGCUGCGCUCUUGUUCCUCGGUGGGACGGGGCUCUUUUACGUCUAUUACCGCAAGCAGAAGCGCUUGUACAGCGACCCAGUGGAUUCCAACUACCACCCUCAAACUGGUAGCAAGUCCAUAUCUCCGCCACUAUACGGCAGCUUCAAUUUAGAUAUGCCACAGAUGGCAGCGGUCAUGAGUGACUACGAGCUUCGGUCUAGGCAGGCCUACACCAACAACGCGGACUACUACGAGGAGCUAGAGAAGGAGAUACAGACCCGACGACCACACUAUGCCUCCAACCCGAACCAACCCAGUUCCGGCCCCCAGGGCGCACUGCCCACACAUCCAGCCUACGUCCCACAAGCCCACAGUCGCCAGGCGUCCGCAGACUCGACAGUCCGUCGAGCUCAACCCAUAAGAACAAACAGGCCCGAUUCAUAUGCAUUGCAAACGUACCUCAGUGCUGCAGAGGACGCGAACGCGAUGGGUUCACCACCCCCACCGCCGGGCCCGCCACCAGCGGCGGCGGUCAGGGGUUCCUCACCGUACCGCGGACCCUCAUCCCUCCAGAACUUCUCACAUAGUCGAGCGUCAUCACACAGUCCUGACCCUUCCUUCGACAGCCGCGGACCCUCGCCCGACCGCAGGCCUUUGUUACAAGCACACCAGUACCAAACAGCAAUAAAUUCACACCAACAUCAAGCUACUCAACUAGCGUUCACACCGCCACCGCCGCCUCCCCGCGCACCCAAAGUCCCGUCUUUAAGCCUCCCUUCUGUGCCUCGGAUUCGAGUGCCCAAAAAGUACUCCCCACCCAAGAUCACGGUCGAGUUCCCCACUCCGGUCGACCAGCAAGACCAGCAAGCAGAUUUGCCGAUUGGCCUCGAGAUCAGCAGGCCCAUCGUCACUCACGAGGCGCGGUUCGGGGACGACGCGUACGAGAGACGGAGAAAAGAGCCGCCAGCGCCGUUGAUCGUGAACCAGACGGCUGUUGACCGACGGCCGAAGCCGUGGAUCGCGGCGGAGGCUCAGGUCAAGUCGGGGAAUAGCGCUAUGUAUGGCUGA